AUAAAAAGGGAUGGAUUUCUUAUAAUUAUCAGUGUGAUUGUAGCUUCGAAGAGCUGUAAUAUGUUUAUUACGGUUAUUACCCUGGCUGGGUUGCUAGCUAAUUCUCAGGUACAUGGCUUGAACACCUACAAUGUCGGUGGCUUCUAUGGGCAGGGUGGCGGAUAUACCUCCUAUGGGAAGCUAGGAGGUUAUGGUACUCUGGGUAACAUAGAUUAUUCACCUUACGGAACACUAGGAGGCUAUGGAACUUAUGGAAAUAAAAGAGUCUAUGGAAUGCUUGAAGGCUAUAACCCUCAUGGAAACAAUGCAGGAAGCUAUGGAACCAAGAAAGACUCUGGAACUUACGGACAAGGGAGUUAUGGAUUCCGCGGAAGCCAUGUAGGUUAUGGAUCUUAUAGAAACAAAGAAGGCUAUGGAUUUAACAGUUAUGGUAACUCUGCUUAUAAACCUAAAUACAGUGAAGAGAGAUGUUGACUCCGAAAACCCGAAGUACAAGAAACCUUCAUACAAUACUAAAGAUGCUGAUUACCCAACUACAGAUUAUAGAACACCUGUUUACCCAACUCCAGACUACAAACCACCUGUUUACCCAACUCCAGAUUACAAACCACCUGUUUACCCAACUCCAGAUUACAAACCACCUGUUUACCCGACUCCAGAUUACAAAUCACCUGUUUACCCAACUCCAGACUACACACCACCUGUUUACCCAACUCCAGACUACAAACCACCUGUUUACCCAACUACAGAUUACAGAACACCUGUUUACCCAACUCCAGACUACAAACCACCUGUUUACCCAACUCCAGACUACAAACCACCUGAUUACCCAACUACAGAUUACAGAACACCUGUUUACCCAACUCCAGACUACAAACCACCUGUUUACCCAACUCCAGACUACAAACCACCUGUUUACCCAACUCCAGACUACAAACCACCUGUUUACCCAACUCCUGACUACAAACCACCUGUUUACCCAAAUCCAGAUUACAAACCACCUGUUUACCCAACUCCAGACUACAAACCACCUGUUUACCCGACUCGAGAUUACAAAUCACCUGUUUACCCAACUCAAGAUUACAAACAACCUGUUUACCCGACUCCAGAUUACAAAUCACCUGUUUACCCAACUCCAGAUUACAAACAAUCUGUUUACACAACUCCAGAUUACAAAUCACCUGUUUACCCAACUCCAGAUUACAAACCACCUGUUUACCCAACUCCAGAUUACAAACCACCUGUUUACCCAACUCCAGAUUACAAACUACCUGUUUACCCAAGUCCAGUUUACAAAACACCUGAAUACCCAACUCUAGAUUACCAAACACCAGAUUACCAAACGCCUGAUUACACUAGUCUCUACCCUGCGGAUUACCCAACUAGUCCCUACCUUCCAGAUUACCCAACUAAUCUCUAUCCUGUGGAUUACCCAACUAGUCCCUACCUUCCAGAUUACCCAACUAGUCCCAAUCCAGCGGAUUACCAAACUAGUCCCUAUCCUGUGCAUUACCCAACUAGUACCUACCCUGCGGAUUACCCAACUAGUCCCUACCCUGCGGAUUACCAAAAUAGUCUCUAUCCUGCGGAUUACCCAACUAGUCUCUACCCGGCGGAUUACCAAACUAGUCCCUAUCCUGCGGAUUACCCAACUAAUCCCUACCCUGCGGAUUACCUAACUAGUCCCUACCAUGCGGAUUACCAAACUAGUCUCUAUCCUGCGGAUUACCCAACUAGUCCCUAUCCUACGGAUUACCCAACUAGUCCCUACCCUGCGGAUUACCAAACUAGUCUCUACCCUGCGGAUUACCAAACUAGUCCCUAUCCUGCGGAUUACCCAACCAGUCCCUAUCCUGCGGAUUACCCAACCAGUCCCUAUCCUGCGGAUUACCCAAAUAGUCUCUAUCCUGCGGAUUACCAAACUAGUCCCUACCCGGAGGAUUACCCAACCAGUCACUUUCCUGGGUAUAUAAUCGAGGACUACCCGGGGGCAAAGUAUCCUGGUUAUAAAGUCAGUUAUUAAUCUUAACUCUAAUCAUUGAUUAUUUUUAUGUAUUAUGAAUAAAUUUUAUCAUGUUUUAA